CGGCUCUUUGCCGGAGCAUGAACCGGUUACGAAGAUGAGGGGGAGCGACUCUUCCAAGUUGAGCACUGUCAAAGGUUUCAUUCUUUCCCGACAUUUCUUUCUUGCAAUCUGCUUGUGCGAGCCACUCGGCAAUAGCGAUAGCAGCGACAGGCACCGGUCGGGCAGCAUGGCAGAUUUCACAGACAAACUUCGGCCGGCUGAGCCUCAAGGGUCGAGCAUUCUGUCCCAAGAAAGGGAGGGAUCAAACGUCAAUGUCGACCAGUUGGCAAACCACUUACUCUCGAGGAACGAUUUUCUCAAACGACAGAAGAAGAUACUAUCAAUACUGGAGCCUAUCCCCAUCUUCUGCAAGAAGAACCAGCUGAACAUGGCCAGACCCGACAGAUAUCAUCUUGGCCUAGCUCGGGCAAAAACGCUCAGAAGGCUCUCGCUCAAGCAUGGCUGGAACCGAGACGAUUACAUCAUGGCAGACUACCUGAUGGACGAGAUGGGUCCGUACGCCCUCCAGGCCACCAUGUUCGCCACAUCAAUCCGAGAACAAUGCAACGACGAGCAGAAGGCGUAUUGGGAACCCAAGGUCGAAAACUGGGAGAUCAUCGGCUGUUAUGGCCAGACUGAACUGGGUCAUGGUAGUAAUGUGAAAGGAAUCGAAUGUCAAGCGAGGUGGGAUCCCAAGACAAAGGAGUUCAUCAUCCACAGCCCUACCAUUACUGCCAGCAAAUGGUGGAACGGCGCCCUGGGUCGGACUGCCAACCAUGCCAUUGUCGUUGCUCAACUGUUGUUACCCGAAAACGGAAAGUACAAGUCCCAAGGGCCCCAUCAGUUCAUCGUGCAGAUCCGUGACAUGAAGACCAACAAGCCAUUGGGUGGUAUCGUGAUUGGCGACAUCGGUCCUAAAUAUGGCUAUCCUGGUAUGGACAACGGCUACAUGCUCUUCGACCAGUUCAGAGUACCCCAUUCAGCACUUCUCUCAAAAUAUUCCGGUGUGGAUUCGGAGCACGGCACGUAUAUGAAGCCCGAUAAUCCGGCUCUUGUCUAUGGUUCUUUGACCUUUGUGCGUGCUCAGAUCAUCAUGCAAGCUCGACUUGUCCUUGCGAGAGCCGUCACCAUUGCCGCGCGCUACCUGUCUAUACGUCGACAGUUUUCCGAUCGAGAUUCCAAAGGUGCUGCGCCUGAACAGGCUGUCCUCAACUACCCAACGGUCCAAAUCCGCAUUCUGCCACUUCUGGCCACGACAUUCGCUCUGCACUAUACAGGAGAGGCCAUGUACAAGCUCUACUAUGGCACACGUGAAGCCAUUGAGAAGAAGGGAGACUUGUCGAGGCUUGCAGAAAUGCAUGCCGCCUCGUCUGGGUUGAAAUCCCUGUGCACCACGCUUGCGGCUGAUGGUAUCGAAACCUGUCGACGAGCGAUGGGAGGUCAUGGCUUUGGAGGAGGCAGUGGUAUGAUUGCACUCAACAAUGAAUAUCUGUCCAAGCCCACUGUCGAAGGAGACAACUGGAUGAUCACCCAGCAGACUGCAGCAUAUCUGAUCAAACGAAUGACCGAGGUGGCGAAGAAUCCCAGUUUGAACCCUACCGAGAGUGUGGACGUUCAAUUCCUGGACUUCGUGGCCAACAAGUCCAGGGCUCGCGACUAUGACAUUUUGAGUAGUGAGACAGAGCUGGUCGAGGCCUUCAAGCACAGAGCAUCGUACCUCUCUUACCAGGCGUAUCAUACGAGAGUGGUUGAGAAGAAACCCUGGACCAGCAUGAUGCUGAGCCUGCAUCGGCUCAGUCGCGCACACUCUGAAAGCUUGCUUGUCUUGAACUUCUACAAUGCCGUAUUCGCGUCAACGCCAGACCCGCCACUGGAUGACAAGACUUUGGCUAUCAUGAGGAUAUUGUUCCGGCUGUUCGCAUUGUUUACGCUUGACACUUCAGCAUCGGAGUUUUUGCUAUCAAAAGCGCUUAGUGUUGAACGACUUGCAAUGGUAACGCCGGCGAUAGAGGAGCUGAUGGCCCAGGUCAGACCACAUGCAGUCAAGUUGGUGGAUGCAUGGUCAGUCCCAGACUACCUCCUCGAAAGCGCCUUGGGCAGCUACGAUGGUGAUGUGUACAACAGGCUUUUCCACAAAGCUCACAAGGAGAAUCCGCUGAACAUGCUGACUUUCAAUCCUGAUUGGAAGAGUGAAGAAAUUGUGAUGGGAGAAGGUGAAGAAAAUGCCAGGAGAAGACUGGAAGCUUUGGCGUUGGGCACCACUGGACACGAGCAGUCUGGCGGACCACGGUCAAAGCUGUAAAUAUAUGAAUUCAUACCUCGCAUGCACCAAAAUCUUCACGGGCGGCAACCUGCUGGACACGGUGAUUGGCGAGGUCGGCUUGGUGGUUACCGGUAGGUGCUUAAGCUUGCCAAGUUAACGUUGCUGUUAGUGGUAUAUGCCUAGGUACUGUCCUAAGGUACUUGUAGUAGUCACCUAAGCGGCGCUGCUUCAUUUGGCCGCUUCCAUAGCGCUGUAAUGUGAACUAUUUCCUACUUC